AUGGACACUAUGCGGGGACAGUUCGCCAUGGGCGAGGAACUUUUCUCACAAGACCUCUACUAUGCAUUCGACUUCCCCCCAAUUGACCCAGCCAUUUUUGACGACCUUCCGUUGGUCCAAGAAUGGGGACAAAACAGUAUUUCAGACGAAUCCACGGGCAGUUAUUCCGCCUACCCCAACCAUACCGACAGUCCAAGCACAGCCGGCUCUUCUCCAAACACAUCUAUCUCUUACUAUGAGAGCCUGAACACCAAUAUUUCGGCUUCCCCAGAGGUGAAAGCCGCCGUGCCUGCCAAAGCAAUCAAGAAGGCGUCGAAAGCAAACGGGAGAGGUGCAAUCCCUCAUGGCGCUGUAAAAAAGGCGAAGAAAACCUCUCCCUCUGCCGGAAUCCAGAAAGCGAAACCAGGACAAAAGAAAAGGGGACGCAAGGCCAAGGUGUUCAACAGCGAAGAAGAGAUAGAGGAAUAUAAUGCGAAGGCACGAGAACGAAACCGUCUAGCGGCCGCCAAAUGCCGUGUUAAGAGGAAGAAGGAGACCUGCGCAAGGGCGGAAAUGUCCUCAAACCUCUCCGAGGAAAACGAAUUUCUGAGGAUCGACCUUUGCAUGCUCAAGAAUGAGCUCAUUAACUUGUACGAGGUCGCAAUGCAACACAAAGCCGAAAACGAAGCUGCUGGUGUUGUGGACGAUGAUAUUGCAUCACACCUUGAUUUCAUGAAGCGGCGUUUGGCCGGCGUCGGGUUGGGAAAUAUGUUCCUUCCCUCGAAUAUUGCUCGUUUCCGUGAGGAGAGGCUACGUCAAGCUGCUGCGGACGCUGCUGCGAUGGAAGCGUUGGCUCAGCGUACUGUCAGUGCCAGCAUGAGUCCAGCACUUUCUGGCAUGUCCAUGGGCGGCCCCGUCUUGGAGCAAGCUCAAGCUCAAGCUACUGCUGGUGCUGGUGCUGGUGCUGGUGCUGGUGCUGGUCUUAGUCCUGGUCAAAUCUCUAUACCCCGUCUGGACAUGCCAAACUUGUCACAGCAAACCCACGUCCCGAUACAAGGCCAAUCUUCUAUCGUCGACGUCCAAACAUUCCUAAACAGUCCCGCCCUCUCCAACUUAUCCUUGGACGACCGAGUCCAAAUACCCGUUCAAAACGCCGAUGAAAUCGUCGAAAUGUUCCUAAACAGUCCACCACUUUCCAGCUUAUCCCUCGAGGAUCGAGGACUCCCGACCUUCUCACACCCACAGCCCCCAUUAGGAUCCUCCCCUUUUCCUCCCCAAUAA